UACAAUGAUUAUUAUUGAGUAAUGAAGCGGUUUGUGUAUUGGUUAGUCUGGCCGCCCGUGUGCGUGCGUGCGAAUAAUGAAGGAAUGGUGGUGUGAGGAUGGAUGCAGGAGGAAAAGGCUCCUCCUCAUCGUAUCCUGGCCGUCUAUCCAUUUCGGCAUUUCCUCCCACGGGGAGGGGAGGGGAGGCACGUGUGGCUCCCACGCGCGAGCGUGCCAGCCAUAUGACGGUCGCACGCGCGAGUCGAACCCUAGCUAGCUAGGCAUCUGGAUCCACACACACACCCACACGCGCGAGCGAGAUCCCGAUGCAGCAGCAGCAGCAGGCGAUGGAGGAGGAUGGGGUGAAGGAGGAAGAAGAGGAGUACUACUUGGAGGAGGAGGACGAGGGGGAGGAGGAGACUCGGCCCCCGCUUCAGCAGCAGCAGCAGGUGGGGUUGGGGCGGCGGGGGCGGGCGCGGGAGGAGAAGGAGCGGACGAAGCUGCGGGAGCGGCAGCGGCGGGCGAUCACGGCGCGGAUCCUGGCGGGGCUCCGGCGGCACGGCAACUACAACCUGCGAGUGCGCGCCGACAUCAACGAGGUCAUCGCGGCGCUCGCCCGCGAGGCCGGCUGGGUCGUCCUCCCCGACGGCACCACCUUCCCCUCCUCCUCCUCCUCCGUUUCCCAGCCGCCACCCACGCAGCAGCAGCUUCAGCCAGGCCGCCCCUCCAUCGCCGCGCCGCCGCUCCCCUCCUCGCCGGCGCCUCCCCUCCGCGGCAUCUCCAUCUCCCCCGUCGCCGCCCGCCCCAUCUCCUCCCUCCGCUCCUCCUCCUCCAUCAGGAUCAUCUCGCCGCCGCACGCCCUCCCCGACCCGCUCCUCUCCCUCCCGUCCAUGGACCCCCAAGAGGUGCCCGAUCUGCUGCCCCCGCGCCCACCGGAGCGCGACUUCGCCGGAACGCCAUACGUCCCCGUCUAUGUCAUGCUCCCGCUUGGAGUGGUCAAUGGUAAUGGCGAGGUGGUCGACGCCGACGUCUUGGUGGGCCAGCUUCGGGUACUCAAGGCUGCCGGCGUCGAUGGGGUCAUGGUCGAUUGCUGGUGGGGGAAUGUCGAGGCCCACAGGCCGCAGGAGUACAAUUGGACCGGUUACAAGCGACUCUUCCAUAUGAUCAGGGAGCUCAAGCUCAAGCUGCAGGUGGUCAUGUCAUUCCAUGAGUGUGGAGGCAAUGUUGGAGAUGAUGUGUCUAUUCCUCUCCCACAUUGGGUAACAGAGAUCGGAAGAAGCAAUCCAGAUAUCUACUUCACCGACAGGGCUGGCAGGCGUAACACGGAGUGCCUUUCAUGGGGCAUUGAUAAAGAAAGGGUUCUUCAAGGACGGACAGGGGUCGAGGUAUACUUUGACUACAUGAGAAGCUUCCGAGUAGAAUUUGAUGAAUAUUUUGAGGAUGGUAUCAUUUCAGAAAUUGAGAUUGGGCUAGGGGCUUGUGGAGAGUUGAGGUAUCCAUCUUAUCCAGCAAAACAUGGGUGGAAAUACCCUGGCAUUGGAGAAUUUCAGUGCUACGACAGAUACUUACAGAAAAGUUUAAGAAGAGCUGCAGAAGCACGAGGACAUACCAUAUGGGCAAGAGCGCCAGACAGUGCAGGCCAUUAUAAUUCUGAGCCAAAUCUGACUGGAUUUUUCUCUGACGGAGGAGAUUAUGAUAGCUACUAUGGUCGUUUUUUCCUCAAUUGGUAUUCCCAGGUGUUGGUGGAUCAUGCUGACCGUGUAUUGAUGUUAGCCAGGUUGGCUUUUGAAGGUUCAGAUAUUGCUGUUAAGGUUUCAGGUGUACACUGGUGGUACAAAACUGCCAGUCAUGCUGCUGAAUUGACUGCUGGGUUUUAUAACCCAUGCAACCGUGAUGGUUAUGCCUCAAUUGCUGCUGUCCUGAAAAAACAUGGUGCAGCUUUGAACUUUACAUGUGUUGAACUGCGCACUAUGGAUCAGCAUGAGGUAUUUCCUGAGGCCUUUGCAGAUCCAGAGGGCCUUGUAUGGCAGGUGCUAAAUGCUGCAUGGGAUGCUGGCAUACCAGUAGCUAGUGAGAAUGCUCUGCCUUGCUACGAUAGAGAUGGCUUUAACAAAAUUUUGGAGAAUGCAAAGCCACUGAAUGAUCCAGAUGGGAGGCAUUUACUAGGAUUCACGUACCUGAGGCUCACCAAAGUCCUCUUCGAGAGAGCUAAUUUUUUGGAAUUUGAGCGUUUCGUUAAGAGAAUGCAUGGUGAAGCAGUUCUCGAUCUACAGGUAUAAGUUGUGUUCAGGGUUCUUACAUACAUACAUAUAUAUACAUGCCAUUGUAAUUGGCAUAGGCCUUAUGGCUUAUGAUGGGGGAACAGAGAUGCCAUUUUUGUUUCGUAGGUUGUUGUAGUAUACCAUCAGCAGAUUUUUGAACUAUAGAGGGUUUGGCUCCAUGGUGUAAAGCAUACCCUUGGCAAAGAGUUGUCAUGCAGAAAAUUGAUGGUUUCAUUCGGAAUGAGGUUGGAAGCAGGUGUAUUUCUUUCGAUGCGGCAGACAUAUUUGAUUUGUCAUGAGAUGAGGAUUGGGUGAGCAGGUGGUAUCCUUCUGAAAGAUUUGAGGCUGUAUUGAAGAGAAUGUGCUGAUGCAUGUUUAUCAUGGAGCAAGCGACAUUAAUGGAGUUAGCAAAGGUUCUCGCGGUGUAUGUGUUUGUAUUUGUUGGUGGAAUGUCACUCGAGGAUCUUGGCUGUAUACAAUACAUACAUGUGCUUUUUUUUGGGUCUUUUCUACAGUGUAUGAGAAAUGCAUGUUUCUUACUGUCAAAACAUUGCAUUGCUCAUCAGUACCGAGAAUUUCUCUGAGUUUUCCCCAUAUUUUACAUGAAUAUUUUAUAACAAC